UCUUAUUGGAAACCUAACCCUUACCUCACUGUUAACCUUAUGCAUAACCUUAAAUUAAAUUCACAAAAUCAUGUUUGUCGUUUCAAAAACGUUUUCGAUAUAGACAAUUGUGACUUUGUGGCUGCGUUAUCUAGUGGAAACCGAUGUGGGGCUGGUGAGAAGCCAUCAAAGUACAAGGAAGGUAACGUUACAUAGCUAGCUACGUAACCUAACUGGCAAGGUGAGAUUAAAGUGAAUUUGUACAGAAAUAGACUAAACAAAAGUGACUUGGUUCGUACAACCUCAAAAGGUAGCUAGGUAACUUGAGCUUGAUGUAGUUAGUUACUAACGGUUAAACAUAUCUAACAUUACUAUAACGUUGUUAGCUUGCUAGCUAGCCUACUGCUGACAGCUUUUCAGUUGGCUAGUUAGCUCGCUCGCUAACCUUACAUACACUAGCAAAACUAUUUGUCUAGCUACAGUAGUCUACAUCUACUAAGGUAAUUGAGACUGAAGAAGCUGCUCUGUCACCGUGUGAGUGCUGAAGAAGAGUCCUCCAGGAAUCCUCAUUUACACUUGAUACACACCUUUCUCUGAAACAGCUAAGUCAAGACUGUGUCUUGUUAGCUACCAUACAAAAAUGGUGAAGAUAUUUGUUGGAAACGUGAAUUCCUCAACCACAGAACCAGAACUGCGUACUCUUUUUGAGAAAUAUGGUCAGGUGUCAGACUGUGACAUUCUGAAAAACUAUGGCUUUGUGCACAUGAAUGAGGAGGAGGAAGCCCAGAAGGCAGUGGCAGAACUCCAUAAGCAUGAGCUGAAUGGGGCACCCAUCACUGUGGAGUUUGCCACUACGAAGGUCCGCAAUGCCACCAAGAUCUACGUUGGGAAUGUCCCUGAGGGGACCACAGCUGCUAAGAUAAGAGAGCUCUUCCAACCGUUUGGUAAGGUGGUAGAGUGUGACAUUGUGAAGAACUUUGCCUUUGUGCACAUGCAGAGAGAAAAUGAGGCCUAUGAGGCCAUUUCCAAGUUGAACCACUCUAAAAUGGAGGGCCAAAAGAUCUUUGUAUCCAUCUCCCGCAACAAUCAAGCCAGAAAUGGCAGAGGGGAUGACUACCCUCACCACUAUCCACCUCACCCACACGACGCUCCUCACUACCUCCCCCCUCGAGCUCUACACGGUGACUACUACCCACCUCGUGGUCGCUAUCCCCCUCCUCCUCCCCUUCCCCCACCCCCUCCUAGGGCCUACUACGAGUGUGACUUCUAUGAGAGGCGUGUCCUCCAUGACCCAUACUCUUCCUCCUCACGUUACUAUGAGCAGGAUCCUUAUGAGCGACGGCUUCCCCCACUCCCUCAGCGGCCACUUUCUCCCCCCCUUACUUCCUGUUAUUACCGGGAGCGCAGCCCCCUGGCUAGCUGGUCUCCACCCCCACCUUCCUCUGCCAGCUAUGCCCGAAGGGGUGCCGGGCGAGAUUUUGUUGGUGGCAGCUCUGUGCCCCCUCCUUCCUCUAUGUGCUAUGCUCUGGGCUCAGGCUUUGAUAAGGAUGAUUACUUUGAGGAGAAGUACUCCAAUGGUUUUGGUAGGGGCUACUAAGGGCACUUUUUGAAAUAUAUUUUUGGUGGAAGAUGCUGUGUAUGAGUAUGUUGGCAAUGAGUGCGCAGUUUUUUAGAAAAACGGGUAAUAGAAACAAUACCGUUCAUUCAUAAAGCUUACUUGUCAAGUCAAGCAGCACACUUAAUUGAUUUUGACCAGUUUUUGUUGAUCAUGAAUAAUCACCAGCCAUAUCAGCAGUCUUUGAAUGCGUUUUAUAUUAGUUUUUCAUUGUUGCCAGAUUUUUUAGACUUGAGGUGGUAAGCUUGUGUCUUUGAAUGUUUGUUAAUAUUAAUGUCAUAUUUUGAAUUUUUGAAGGAGUUUAGGAUUUUUUUAAAUGUAGUAUAUGUUUUGUGUAGUCGGCCCUACAUCAGGGGUCCCCAAUUACAUUCAGCCGUGGACAUAUUUUUCUUUCAGCGGAGGGUUGGAAUGCCGGAACAUAGUUAUAAAUAAUUUGUACACUGAAAAUUGACCUCAAGUAUCCAAAACAGAUCAUAUUUGACAAAAACAGAAUAAUUUCAAACCUUAAUUACAUUGGAAUAUGAUCACAUAUACCUCUUUAUGCGUAGUAAUACUUGUGAACAUAUUUCCUAAAUCGGCAAAUAAAAUCGUUACGGGCCACCUAUUGGGGAAUCCCGCCCUACAUUGAGUGGAUGGCACUGACUAAAACUAUUUCUGCUUUUUUGGAGACAGUUUGAAGGGAAAUUGAUAUGUAAUUAUCAGUGGUAAGUUAUUUAUAUCAUACUUGUCUAUCACAUUUAUUUUGUUGUCAAGUCCUGAUACACUUUUCUCAAAGACAUUUUUAUUUUCUUCCUGAGGAUUUUAGUCCCCUAAAAUCCCUCUCACUCAGGUUUUUGUCAUUCACCACAAUUCAAAGGUUGGGGUGUUUGUUGUGUGCAAACUAGCUGACUGACUAACCAAGCACACUGCAUCAGCUGACCAAGCUCAUCUCAUCUGAAGGCCUUGCCACAUUCGGUGCAGCAUCAUAGGAUAAAGCAUUGUCUCCGAAACGAAACCCGAUACGACCGAUUCAUCGACUUGACGACUAAAUAAAAAGAUAACCACCGAAAAAUUGUUGCAUCUCCGGAGUCACAGCCUGUAUAUCUAUUUGACAUUAUGCAUAUGAAUCACUCGCUGUCCGUAGAGUAACAAGUCCUUUUUGUUUUUGUAUAAAAUGGAUGUAAUCCAAGAUAAAAUAAUUGAGAAAUCUACGCCUAUAAGGACAAAUCUGACUUGUUUUUAUUAGAAGAAAUACAUGAACAAAUGUCUUGAUCAACCGCUGUUGUCAUUUGGCCGCUUAAAUAAAUGUUCGACCUCUGAUCCCGUCGAUUUUUCAUUUCAUUUAUUUUUUAGUUGACUAUAUCUUUACGAAUUGAUAGUGGAAUAAUUAUUGCUCAAAUACAUGAUUGACAGUUACAAAUUGUUUAAUUGAAAUGUUUUUUGUCCUUUUACAACCAGAUAUGAAUUGGAAGGGGGGGGUGGGGGAAACAUCCUCACCGGUGGUCAAGCGAGUAGCUUAGAACAAUGUCAAUGGUGUUGAGGUGUUUGGAGGUCAAACAUCUGCAGAAGGUAAGAUGUCGGGUGUAUACAGGAACUUUCAUAUAACCUACCCCCACAUGGGGCUAAACUGUGACUAAACUCACUUUUGUGUAAGACCUUACACAUGGCUUUUCCCUCUUGUUUACUCCAAAUAGAGGAGUAGGACCGGUAAAAUGUAACCCUUACCUGCUGCUAUUUAAUUGAUAUUGUACAUAAGCUAUUCUAUGGAAGCUUUCAUUCAUCUGAAAAAGGUAAGUGACAAGUUGUGUCAUGAGCUUGACAGGAAAACUGAAAGUACUGAAAUUGAAUGUAAGGAUGCACAGGGCCUCCAGCAUGGUCUCUGAUAAAUGUCUUAGUAUUUAUUUAUUUUGAUGGUGUGCAACAUUGCAACCUCUCCAUGGUGUACUUCCCCAGUCUAAUCCAUGGUCCCACAAUGGUGCACAUUUUCAGUUAUGUCCAAAAAAUCUAAUCUGAAAUGUCUUAAUUCUCUGUCCUUGCUGAUCUGGUCUUGAAGGACUUGAUUGACACGUGAGAAUGAGGACAAAGAACUCUGGAAAGUAAUUAGGAUUUGGCCCAUGAUCCCUUUUCAAGCACAUGGAUUAGAAUCGGAUACUGUCCUCUUUCGACCCUCUUUCCUCUUCCAUUCUGUCUAAAGCACGUCACUGUGUACGGUUCCUUAUGGUAUAUUUAAGGAUUUGUAAGUAUUUAAGCAUAACGAUUAGUCAUUCAUUUAUCAUUAAGGGAAUUUUUUAACAGCCGCCAUUUUGAAGACUUAUUUUACUAUCUGCUGUGCAAUAAAUUAUAUUGAUUUCCAA